GUCAGCCGGCAGCCGCACAGCAAGCCGGGCACGUCUUCAGUUCCACCGGGAGCGAGGAUGGUCACGCCGGUGUCCCGUUCUCGCCACCGCCCGCGCGCGGUGCGGGUGGCCGCGGCCGAGAUCCCGCUCGCCACGAGGCGGACGACGAGGCAGCCGGCGCCGGCGGCCGCGGAGGCGGCGGUGCCGGGCCACUUCCUGUGCCCGAUCUCGCUGGAGAUGAUGCAGGACCCCGUGGCGGCGCCGACGGGAAUCACGUACGACCGCGACAGCGUGGAGGGGUGGCUGGAGCGCGGCCACGCCACGUGCCCCGUCACCGGCCGCUCGCUCCGGGCGGAGGACCUCAUCCCGAACCACGCCACGCGGAGGAUGAUCCAGGAGUGGUGCGUCGCCAACCGCGCACUCGGGGUGGAGCGCGUGCCCACGCCCCGCGUCCCCGUCUCCGCCGCCGACGCGGCCGAGCUCCUCGCGGCGGUGUCCGCGGCCGCGAGGCGAGGGGACGGGCAGGCGUGCCGGCAGCUGGCGGCAAGAGCCAGGGCGCUAGGGAAGGAGAGCGAGCGCAACCGCCGGUGCCUUGUGGCAGGCGGAGCCGCCCGGGCGCUCUCUUCGGCGUUCGUCCAACUCGUUGACCGGCGGGCAGUGACGGCGUUGACCACGACCGGCGCGCUGGAGGAGAUCCUGGCCGCCUUGGUCGUGUUCUUCCCGCUCGACGAGGAGUCCAGGCGCCACAUUGCCUCCCCGGCGUCCCUGGACGCCAUCGUCUCGAUCCUGUCCCACGGCGAGAUCACCGCACGGGUCAGCGCCGCCGUCGUGCUCCGCGAGGUCGCCUCGUCGUCCGACGCCCAAUGCCUCGAGGCGAUGUCCGAGACGAGCGGGAUCCACGACGCGCUCGUCAAGCUCCUGGAGAAGCCCGUGUCGCUGCAGGCGACCAAGGCCGCCCUGGUCACCGCCUACUACCUCGUCCAGAGCGCCGACCGCGCGGCGUCCCGCCUGGUCGACCUCGGCAUGGUGCAGCUCCUCGUGGAGCUGCUGGUCGACUCCGACAAUGGCACGACGGAGAAGGCGCUCGCGGUGCUGGACAGCCUGCUCCUCACGGAGGAAGGCCGCGGCAGGGCGUACGCGCACGCAUUGGCCGUGCCGGUGCUGGUGAAGAAGAUGCAGCACGUGUCGGACAUGGCGACCGAGUUCGCCGUGUCGGCGCUAUGGCGGCUGUGCAAGAACUUCCCCGGCGAGGGGCCGUGCAAGGCCGAGGCGCUGCAGGUGGGCGCGUUCCAGAAGCUCCUCCUCCUCCUGCAGGUCGGCUGCAUGGGCGUGACCAAGGAGAGGGCCAGCGAGCUGCUCCGGCUCCUCAACGGAUCCAGAGGCGGCGUCGAGUGCAUCGAGUCGGUGGAUUUCAAGGGGCUCAAGAGACCCUUCGUGUGAGUGUGCAGAGGCUAGGUUAAGAAAAUUAAGAUGUGGAUACAAGGUGCACAGACAGACAUAGUUAGGCUAAUUUAGGAGCUCUUCUCCCUUUCUUUUUGGGAGGAAUUAAACCUUUUUUUUUCCUCCUCUUGUUCAUGGCCAUUUUGCAGUGGUGACACUGUACGACGAUCAUACAGCCAAGAACAAAAAGGCUCCAAGUUUCU